AUGAAACUCUUCGCAUUCGUUCUUCUCUGCGCUACCGUUGCCCAAGCUUGGCUGCCAGCCGACCGUGGUCUUUUCAAAGGGAAUGGAAGGCCGUCGAAGCCAUGGCAUCACCGCUCAGAAAAGAUCCGAGGAGUUAAUCUCGGAUCCCUCUUCGUCGUCGAGCCUUGGAUGAUUCCAAAGGAAUGGACCGCUAUGGGCUGUGCGGGAACGAAUUCAGAGUUCGACUGUGUCAAAGCCCUGGGACAAGCUGAAGCCAAUGCCGCAUUUCGUCAUCAUUGGAAUCAUUGGUUUACCGAACGCGACAUGGAUGCAAUGGUUUCGUUCGGGCUGAACACGCUUCGUAUUCCACUAGGAUUCUGGAUGGAUGAGAGCCUUGUAUACUCCGACGAGUACUUCCCGCAAGGAGCCCUCCCUUCUCUGGAGAAAGUCUGCAACUGGGCUGCUAAGCGUGACUUCUAUAUUAUCCUGGAAAUGCACGGGGCACCUGGAGCGCAAACGGCGUGGCAGGCUUUUACAGGAAAGUGGGUUGAGGAGCCUGGCUUUUAUAAUGCUACAGAGUUUGCGCGCGCCUACAAGUUCCUUGAAUGGUUGACAAAACUCAUCCACACCAACCGCAAUUUCCGGACCGUGGGCAUGCUCGGGGUUAUUAAUGAGCCGAAUUGGGACGAGCCAUCCGUUAUAACUGAUUUCAACCCAACCGCGUACUCCAAGAUCCGUUCUAUAGAGUCCUCCCUCGGCGUAAGGGUCAAAGACCGUCUGCACAUCCAAUAUAUGGACAGCAAGUGGGGUGCAGGAAACCCAAAGCAGAAUCUGACAAAGACUUUCUACACUGCCUACGACAACCAUCGCUACCUCAAAUCUGACCUCACCGUACCGCUAUCACAGGAAGGGUACCUCAAUACGUCUUGCAAUGAUAAUCUCAUCACUCCUGGAGAAACUCCCCUUAUUGUUGGCGAGUGGAGUUUAGGGCCCAAGACGUCUGAAGAACAUUCCCCUGAGUUCCAAGUAGCCGACGACACAAACAAGGGCUUCUACAAGAAAUGGUGGGCUGCACAGGUUAUGGCCUAUGAGCGAGGGUUGGGGUGGACGUAUUGGUCCUGGAAGACCGAGCUGGACAAUGAUUAUCGCUGGAGUUACCUCGAGGCUGUUGGCGCGGGAGUGAUUGAAAAGGAUCCGAGCAGAGCCUAUAAACUCGGCGCGUGUUGA